GCAGUAGAAUUUAAUCCUUUGUGCUCGGAGUUGUCUCGCAAACCGCGUCCUCAGUCGACGUUGAAACUGGUUUGCUUUUAUAUGACAAUUUCUUCUCAAUAGCUUCGUCUGCGAUUUAGUGAAUGGACGUUUCAUCUGUUAUUAAAAUGAAUAAAGUCUACAUUACUGUUGCGGUUCUCCUAGCUGUUGCGGUUAUUGCCGUUCGCAGUAAUACUACGCCUGCGGAACAAUGCCCAGGUCAAAACUUCGAAGGUCUCAGUGAUAGGAUCCAAGUGUUGCCUUGCGAAUCGAAACGGUGCAAGCUGCGCAAGAACAGUAAUACAACCGUUAUACUCAAAUUCCAAACAAAAACCGAAGUCAAAGAGCUUACAAAUAAUGUGUUCGCAAAUUUGGGUGGCCUGCCAUUGCCGUUUAUCGGAGUUUCCGGAAUGAGUGCUUGCCCGCAUGUGAAGCGAGCGGACAACGGGCAGCCCGCGCCCUGUCCUCUCGCAGCCAACGUGGAGUAUGUGUACACCAACCAGUUCCCUAUCGAGUCCUUCUACCCCCAGGUUCCCCUUCGCGUUCAUUGGGCUCUUAAUGAUGGCCAAAAAGACGUUAUUUGCUUCGAGGUACCCGCCAUUAUAACAAAGCGAUAGAAAAAAAUCGAGAAUCUAUAAAACAUAUAUUGUUUUUGCUAUCCACUUCCGUCAAUAAUAGUAACUAGAUUAAGGAUCAGGAACAAAAUGCAUAGCCAAGUGGCCUCUUUCACACAUAAAUAUUUAAACUACGUGCGAAAUGUUGAUUGUUUUCAUUAAAUAACAAAAACACGUUACAACAACAAUACGUUAACACAAAUCUCGAAUAUUAAUGUUUAAGACCUUCUGUCAUCAAACUUCAGCUAAAGAAAUAGAAAAGAAGGGUAAAAAUAUCAUUUAUGUUGAAAAUGUAACGCAAAUAAGAACACAAAUCCAUUUGUGCCUUAUUUUUCAGGCCGUUUGGGGACUUAUCAGAAAUCUAGUAGAUAAUAUUAUUGACUGAAGACUGUCGCGGUAUAAUAUAAAAUUGUGCAUUAAAAUGUAAGUUUUUUCGCGUCAGGUAUGUUGUGUAUUUUUUAUUUUGUAAAUGUUGUUUACAUACAUGAUAAGUGUGCUUCAGGUAUGAAUAUGAAAUGUAUAUGGGUAUAUAAUAAUCAAAGGGAUAAACACGGGUUCGAUUUCCAAUCAGGUAUUUUUCUUAUCUCUCUCUCCCUCUAUAAAUCUUGUUACCGUUUCAUCAUCAUUACAUAUUUUAUUUAAUGAGGGAUUCAUUAGUUGUCCAAACAUUUUGGUCAAAACCAUAAUUAAAUUAUAGUAUAGUAGGCAGUCAGCACCGCCACAAAAUGCAAGUUUUCUUUAAAUACUGUAGUCGAAUGUAGCUCCUCCAUGUGACGACGCUUUUAGACACAGAUUAAUAUGAAACUACACAAUAUAUUGGUGUAGAUUCGGUUGUACUAAAACUAGUACUGUCCUUUUUCUUUGGUGUAAUGUGAAAAGAAUAGCGUUAAAGUAUAUUAA